CAUGACAUUUACAGGAGUUACAUCCACAUUUGAAAAUUAAAGUAUAUUCAAGAAAUGUUUACUGGAGGCCAAGGAAUGGAUAUAAAGUGGAUUACGGAGGUGAGACAACCCCUUUAAGGAGCCUCCCCAGUGCUUCCUUAAUAACGCCCCCUUCCCCCGCUGAGCUCCUCUUACCUGUCCUGGUACGUUGGCAGUCGGAACAGAGAAAGGGGGAAGAGAGUCUGCACUGCUGGGCUGAGGAGAAGAUGUCCUCCCGUGUAGCUCUUCUAUGGAUUGACCUACGCUGGAGUCUAGUCUGCACAGAAGACGAUGGCGAACGUUUUGAUAAGAACUUACAAGAACAGAGACUAUGACGUCGUACUUGAGAUAUUUGCCCGGGGGAUAAUGGACUACCUCCCCAGUACCAGCAUGUAUCUGCUGGGGCUUCAUCAGGUUCAUGUGAUUAUCCUUGUGUCGUUUAUCACCUUCUACUUGGUCUUCAGCUCUUUCCUUGUGUCUUCGUUAGGUGUGGUGGCCCUUUUGGCUGGAGCUCGCCUUCUUCUUGAAUUUUUCUUUCAUAAGAUUAUAAAGAAGGCCCACAAGUUGGACUUACAGAACAUAGAAGAGUCCUACAUGUCUGGGCAGAACUCCUGCUUUUGGGUGGCAGAAGUCAAUGGUCGGGUUGUUGGUAUGGUUGGUGUCAAACCUGUCCAAGGAUCUCCUCAUGAAGUGGAACUGAGACGACUGUCUGUGGCCAAGGAGCACCGGCACAAGGGGAUUGCUAGAAGGCUUUGCAUGCACGUCAUUGACUAUGCCCAUCAACGUGGAUAUGAACACGUGACUUUAAAUACCUCGACCAUACAACAUGCGGCUCAUAAGCUCUACCUGAAAUUGGGGUUUAGAAAAACAAAAUCCAAGCCGGUGUCAGACCCAUUUGGAAGACUGGUAGAUGUGACUGUCACCUAUUACACGUAUGAUAUAAAGUCAUAACUUGUACCCCCAAAUUUCUAGGAACA